GUCAGAAAAACAUGGAGGAAGUUGGCGGAAGAAAAGGACUUCCAAAAUUACGAGAUCUGUUGCGGAGGCAACGGACAGACUCCGAUGUCAUGAAUGACACCCCAGAUCUGGAGUUUAUUUAUGAAGAUGCUGAUGUCUACCAAGCAGAAAUUGCAGAGCUGUAUAGCUAUACAGAAGAGCCAGAACUACAGCAGAAUCAGAAGUACUUUGAGGAAGGAUUUUCAGACAGAGGUCGGUGGGUGGCAGCUUCAGAGCUGGUGAGAAGGAAACAUGUGGUUGACUUACAGAACGAGUUGGAGGUAGCAGAUAAGGAGAGACGAACAGCUGCUGUCAGGUCCAUACUCUACUUAUGUCAAGGUAAUUUUGGUGACUGUGAAAAUGAGGAGGAGCAGGCUAUGUGGGCUCGUAACAAUGUCUUUCUGCUCUAUGAAGUUGGCAUCUUCAGUUCAUUUGUGGAACUGUUGUCGAUGGAAGUGGAGAACAGCACUGCUGCUUCUUCUGCCCUGCGGAAACCUGCAGUGUCUGUAGCAGACAGUGCUGAGCUGAGGUUUAUCAUUAAUGUGCUGUACACAAUGGUGGAGACAAUGAGAGUUGAGGAAGAGAAUGAUUCUGAUGAACAGAAGAAGCUCAGGGAAAUGUUCAAAACGGAUCUCAGUCAAUCUGUCAUAGGGGAGGAAAUCCUACCUGUUACCCUGUUCAACAUGGUGACACGGUUCUGCAGCGGCAGUGCACCCCACUUUCCCAUGAAAAAGGUUCUCCUGCUCCUCUGGAAAGUCGUCCUGGUUUCUUUGGGUGGUCUGAGGCGUCUUCAGGAGACCAAGAAUGAGGUGCGGGAGAGGAAUGGAUUACCUCCCCUUCCUGAGGACACCUAUGAGGUGUGCAAAAACAUGAGGGCUUCAUCUCCGCCAGCAAAUGCUGCAGACCUUAUCGAACAGCAGAUCCCCAAGACUCAUUGGAGGGGAGGAAAGCGGACGCUUGAGGAGGAAACUGACAAGAGUUUGAUGAAGCAAAACAGCUUGGACGAGCAGUUCGACACACUGAAUGGUGGUGAUGAAGACCUAAUGAAGGAGCUUGAAACAGCCCGUGGCAGUGACGAUGAACUCCCUCCCACUCCACCACGCCCCUCAACACCCUCUGUUGCACCUAAAUCAUUACCAUGGAAACCUAAAGUCAGGCAAAAGGACCUGGAGAUGUUCCUUGAUCACACGCGUGCCAAGUUUGUUGGGUUCCAGGUGAGAACUGACCACUCCUCCCUAGCAGGCCUUCCUCAUCCCAUACAUGAAGGUGUCAAGGUGCUUAAACAGCAUCUGUACACAUCUCUGUCAGAGCUUCAGGUGAAGGAAGAGGAGACAAUCAACAGAAACCCACUCUCUAAGCACGAGAAGGAGAUUGUGGAGACCCCAGCUGAGAUCUUAUACACAGGCAUGCUCCCAAGUCUACCACAGUAUAUGAUUGCCCUGCUGAAGAUAUUACUCGCAGCUGCUCCUACAUCAAAAGCAAAGACAGACUCUAUCAACAUUCUGGCAGAUGUUUUACCAGAGGAAAUGCCGACCACAGUGCUUCAGUCGAUGAAGCUGGGAAUUGAUGUGAACCGUCACAAAGAGAUUAUUGUUAAGGCUAUAUCAGGACUGCUAUUACUGUUACUGAAACAUUUUAAACUAAACCAUAUAUACCAGUUUGAAUUCAUGAGCCAGCAUUUGGUGUUCGCAAAUUGUAUUCCGUUGGUCCUCAAAUUCUUCAACCAGAACAUAAUGUCAUAUGUUGGAGCGAAAAACAGUAUUCCUCUGAUAGACUUUCCAUGCUGUGUCAUUGGAGAGCCACCCGAGUUGACUGCAGAAAAUCUUGAAAAUGGAGAAAACCAAGCUUAUUGUUGGCGUAACUUGUUUUCGUGUAUAAACUUACUUCGAAUACUUAAUAAACUGACAAAGUGGAAGCAUUCUAGAACUAUGAUGUUAGUGGUUUUUAAGUCUGCGCCUAUCCUGAAGAGAGCCCUGAAAGUGAAACACGCCAUGAUGCAGCUGUAUGUGCUCAAACUGCUGAAGAUGCAAACCAAAUACCUAGGCCGCCAGUGGAGAAAGAGUAACAUGAAGACCAUGUCUGCCAUCUACCAGAAGGUUCGCCACCGUCUCAAUGAUGACUGGGCUUAUGGAAAUGAUAUGGAUGCUAGACCAUGGGAUUUCCAAGCUGAGGAGUGUGCACUUCGAGCAUGUGUAGACCGUUUCAAUAACCGUCGCUAUGGGAAUAAUGGCAUGGACCCGGAGUUUAACCCUGUAGAUAACUGUAUCUUGAGUGUGCUAGGAGAGAACAUUGAAUUGAGUGAUGAAUUCAAGCGAAACUAUGAGAUUUGGUUGGAUAUGGAAGUAUUCUCUAAUCAAAUUGACUGGGAUCAGAUUCUGUUACACUGAAAUUAAUUAACUUAGUGCUCAGUUUAUCUUAGAUAGGUUGAUUUUAAUUUUGAAUUUUUUGGAGACAUGAAAUCAAAAGGUUGCCUUCAGACAGUUUGAUUUUCGGGAGAGCACCUUAAUGUUUUAUCAGACAAUUAUUUAUCCUGUUUUGUCAAUACUGGUGCCUUUUUUCCCUCUUGUGAAUAAAUUUAAAAAAUGAUGGAA